AUGCGCCUCGAACUCCAACCCCUGCUAGACAGCGAUUUUCCUGAGAUGGUGUCUGCGCAAUGGACAUCGUUUGAGAAUCCCUAUUCAGGAUUGUUACGUGUUGUUGGGCCAAUUUUUAAUGGUGACCGUGCCGCCAGCCUUGCUACCAACGUAACCGUGCAACUUGCGCAGCAUAAAAGUACGCCAGAAAGCAAUUGGGUCAAGGUUGUUGAUGCAGAUGCUGGUAAUAAACUGGCGGGAGCAGCGCGGUGGUUGAUAUUUGAACAUGACCCCUUUGAGAAACCAGAAAUUGUGGCGGAUUGGUGGCCAGAGGCAACAAUUGGGCGAGAGUUCGCCACCAGGGUGUUGCUCCAGCUUGAGGAGCCAAGAAAACAACGAGCUCGCAGACCCCAUUUAUAUCUUCACAUCGCAUUCACGCUUCCCGAGUAUAGAGGGCAUGGCGUUGCAAGAAUGUUUAUACAAUGGGGAACGCAAAAGGCAGAUGCUAUGGGAUUGGAGUGCUGGCUGGAUGCAUCUGAUAAUGGUCGUCCUGUCUAUCCAAAAUACGGUUUCAUAGAGGUCUUGGAUUUUUGUCUUGAUCCCGAUAUGGACGAGGACGCUAUGUCAGAGGCUGAAAGGGAAGAGUUAAGAGAGUUGCGUGAUUUGGUAAUACCCACCCACCUGACGUGUAUGUGGCGACCAAAGGGUGGGAAAUAUGUUGAAGGCGUCACGAUAAAGCCGUGGGAAAUGGAUUCGAAAGCGUAG